UGCCACUAAAGUCGCCUUCAAUAAAGCAGUUUUUUUUAGCACCGGGGUGCGACCAUUCAAAGAAUUGCAUCAAAAGAUUACAGUGAGAGACACUCGACAAGGAAUAGUUAACUGGUAAUACCGCACGCGUUACAUAGAAAAUCGCCAAAACAGCGUAAAAACGGCCUUUGGCAACAAAGCUGCAACAGAAGGGUAAGGAGGACUGAGGGAUUGAUCUAGAGCUAUUUGCAAUGAAUGGAACUUCCCUGUUACGCCACAAAAGCCUUUGUGAGUACAUUUGCAAACAACACCAGCAAAAAUACAAUGAGGGGCAUAGACAUGGAAUAGGUUUUGCUACGCUGUUUCUGGCACUUUGUGUGACUUUUCGAAUUGUGCCAUCAACGUGUGCAGCACCAAUAGAUGGCCAGAAGAACCAUGCUCUCUACUCGAAAAAAACAACGAUGGAAGGGACUCAGGACAGCACAUCGUUGAGAUUUAAGAACUGUGCUGAGCUGUACAAAUCCGGCCAAAAGAUCAGCGGUGUUUACACAAUCGACCCAGAUGGUUCGGAUGCCUUUGAUGUAUAUUGUGACCAAACAACAGCUGGUGGGGGGUGGGAAGUGUUUCAGAAGAGAUUCAAUGGCUUUGUUGAUUUUAACCGCACUUGGGAUGACUACAAACAUGGCUUCGGUAACUUUACUGGGGAAUUUUGGCUCGGACUGGACAAGAUAUACCGCCUGACACGAAACGAGACAAAGAACAUGCUACGAGUUGAUCUGGGAAAAGCCACUGGCGAAACUGUUCACGUUGAGUAUAGCUGGUUCGGGAUUGGGAGCGAGACAGCUAUGUACCGACUGUACAUUGGCAAUGUUACAAAUGCAACUGUUUCCUUUGAUUCCCUCGGUGGUCACAACUAUUUCGAUUUUGGUACCUGGGAUAGAGAUUCUGCGGAUUGCACUCAAAAAAGAGGUGGAGGCUGGUGGUAUGGCAAAAGUAAAUGUGCUGUUUGGUCAAAUCUCAACGGAAUUUAUCCAUGUUGUGGAAAUGAAACUGGGGCCAAUAUCCACUGGGAUAAAUUAGUUUCAACUAGUCCGAAAGGCGGCGCUCCCACAUCAACUGAAAUGAAAAUUAGACUCGUAGAUUUUCUGUAAACUUUCUUUGGAAGAGUAUAGUGAUUUUCACGUGUUCUGAUCAAUGUAUAACUGGCCUAGUAUAGACGAAUCUGACGUAUCCCUCGCUGAUUACGAUUGCGAUUUCCUGAUGAGUGUUCACUUUGCCUCGCUGGAAUUCAAAUAUAUUCAUGUGGGGAAACACCAUCGUAAAUUGUUUCCCAGUGAUUACUUUAUAACCAAUGAUUCGAAAAUGCUACAUAUCAAAAAUUAGUUCGUUGCUGUCGGAAUUAAACCAAAAUAUCCUUUAGUCUAGUUUUAUUGUAUGCUGUUCAUGAUUUCUGCGCGUGUUUAAAGUCUGCAAUAAUGAAACUUACAUCUGCCCAAUCGAUGCUGUUUUAAAACAUUGAGGAGUAGUUUUUACCACAAAUAAUUUAUAAUAUGCUGAUAAGAAAAAUUCAACCAUAGUAUUUUGGCUUAGAUUUUAAGAGCACUCGUCCUGGUCAUUUGCAUUAGUGUCACAACUAUUUGAUUCUUAGCAGGCUUUGUAACAGGGUGGAAGCUACAUCCCAUAAUUCUUUUAGAUUAAAUCAAAACGAUGAUCUCACAACUUGCAAAGAAGUUUUCAUAUAUGAAUCUUUUCAUCGAAUUGUAGCGUAAUGAACCAUCAGCUUGAGUUUAUAUGUAUAUAUUUUCUCCAAUUUUCACAGUUUUUUCCUUUGAAAUAAUUUUUUAAGACUUUGUUAUUUUAUCGGUAUCAAUAAACCCAUUGAAUAUGAUAUUACAAAAAAAAACUAUUCGUUAUGUGUGUUUUGUCAUAUGAUUAAGUGAAUACUGUUAUAUAUUAUUUAUGUAUUUGUAUCGAUAGCCUGAACCUUGUCCCAUUUUGAAGGAUUAUUUUGUCUGCAUAUAAUAUCGACCACAAAUAAAUAAAACUAUUUCAUCCUAAGCACUAAGAAAAAGACAAUCCCACAUAUCUAUACCAAAACAAUAUUCAUUGUUUGCCGGAACAAGGAAAUCUGUAUGAAGGAGAAGGGGGCGGGGAGGGGGAAUGUGUUAAGACCAAAGCCGUCCCACCCCCCUCCCCCUAUGCGGCCUGCGGGUAGCUAGGGGUGGGUAGAUGACAAAGGCGGGUUCUAAGGUUGAUGGUGAACUUAAAGUGAUCCUACCGAUUCACGUUCAAGAAUGAGACAAACCUAGACAUGGAAAUCUUCAUCCUUCAUGCAAAUUUGAGCUUUAGAUAAUGCAUGAGUUUUCUCCAUUUUCUUCGCCGGAAAAAAACGC